AUGACUGCAAUGUCAGCUCUGGUGGGCAAAGCCACAGCUCAAGUUAAGCGGUUAAUGGGCGGCAAAGAUGUGGUGGAUGUCGCUGGUUGGGCUCACCGCGUGGAGGCCAAAUACCCCAAGACUGCUUCAUUUCAUUUUCAACAUCAAACAACGAAAUGGGAUUGCGUCGAGGCUUUGGCAACAGAUUUGAACUGCCCAGAAAAUCGAUGUUUAACUCGCGCGCUACAACACUUCUAUGGUCGUCUCACAGGCCGCCCAAAUUUGGUUAAGUUGGAGUAUCCGGACGGUCUUCAAUUGACCGACUCUGAUGCCGUUAAAUUCCUAGUGAAUCUCUUGGGGGAUCUUCACCAGCCUCUGCAUGUUGGAUUUGCUGAAGAUUUCGGAGGCCACAAUAUCACCCUCAUCUAUACUGAUGCCCAACGGGAGAAGAAACAGACAACGAUGUUCAACUAUUGGGAUUCAGCUCUGGUUCAGAAGUCAAUUCAAGAGCGACCCGCUUUCUGGUAUGGGGGUUGGACGCAUUCUCAUUCACUUGGAGACAGACUGACAGCAUUGCGUCGCGAGUGGGAUUCUCAUGAAUCCGCCACACGACAUCUUUUGUUUGCGAAAUGGGCGACAGAGUCAUUGCAUCUUGUGUGUAAUAGCGUCUAUAAGGAGUCCCGUAGUGGCGCUAUCAUUCCAAAUGGGUUUGAAAUCGGGUCGACAUAUGAAUUUGAAGCAUUGGAGGUGACGAAACGUCAGAUCCUUACUGCUGGGGCAAGAAUUGGUUUCGUUCUGAACACUAUACUUAGCGAACGUGAUGCAUCGAAAUUACGCCAAGGAAGUGGUGUGGAAGUUCCAAGUGAGUUGCUCAAUACUAAAAGAUUUUUGAUCAAAAUGGUUCUCUCCAGUUGA